ACUAUUCCAAUCUUGUUUCUGCUCGUUCAUCCAAAUGGUACACCAAAAGACAGCAACCAAAACCAGCGCACGAAAGUGCGAAGUGAUGUAGUACAAUGGCUCAUUCAACACGUUGGUGCCAGUGAUGUUGCUGAAGCAGUUAACCUGGCCAGUCGUAUCGCAUCCAUGGGUUAUCUCUUCUGUAUUGAUGAUCAUGUUUUGACCGUGAAAAAUGAUAGCCACACAUACUAUCGCUUUCAAACUCCGUUUCUCUACCCAAGUCGAUGCAUGGAGGCAGAUACGGUAGAUUAUGCCGUAUAUUUGUGCAAGCGGACUAUGCAAAAUAAGCAGCGACUCGAAUUGGCUGGUUUCGAAGCUGAAAGACUGGCCAGUUUGCAAACUCUUUACUGUCAUAAGUGGGAAUUCGUUUAUAUUCAAGCGGAGGCAGAAGCCAAAGUGGAUAAAAAGCGAGACAAGUUGGAACGUUUGGUAUUGGAUUCACAGGAGCGCGCUUAUUGGGAUGUGCAUCGGCCUCCACCAGGUUGUGUGAAUACCACAGAUGUAGAUAUGCGCAAGUUAUGUCGGGCCAAACGUCCGAAAAAGACUCCGUGUCGACCUAUCCACUUCCCGAUCCCCAGCGGUCCAGGUGAGGUUUGUGAAAAUGUGGAGUGUCGUUCUGUCAGUGAAAUGUCUGACUGGCUUUGUCCCUCCAUUAAUUUUGUCACUGUUGUGUCUUGGUCUCAUUUUUGUCCAAUUUCGCUCGGCCUAAAUUGCUCUCGAAACAUUUAUCAGCCGGCGGACGGUUACCCUCCUUGUACUGUGACGGCACCAAAAGGUCGAAAAUUUCUACGUAGUUGA